UUUAAAUUUAUUUUCAGCCAAUAUAUUAUGAGCCAACUGCCCUGAAAUACCCCGUAUUUGAACCAUCGAGAAUUUGAUGCACGAGCACCUGCAACGCACACACAAGCUUGACAUCGGCAGACGCUCCCAUCACCACCCAUCAUGAGCGGCGAGAAACUUAACGAAGAUCGCCACCUGGACGAAGAUGUCCAGGCUGAGGGCCACGGGUCCCAGUACGAUGAAAAAUCCGAACCAGCUGGACGACCCAGCACGUCAGACAGUAUGACCUCGUCAACAGGGUCGAGCAGCUCCGUCGAGUACGAGCCGCAGUUUGGCAGGCUGCAGUCGCGCAAUACAGAGGUCGAUCUCGAGCGACAGAGAACAAGAAUGUCGCAUGCCCUAAGCAGGACCGAAACACAGCGUUUGCAGCAUUCCAUGACUGUGGGUGAAAGCGUCAAGUCGCGUACCUCCUCGAAGCGUGCUCUACCCCCUUUUGGCGGGGGCAAGCCGUAUCCACCAGAUCUCCCAAAUCGGGAAGAGUUUGUUGUCGAGUUCGAUGGACCGGAUGAUCCUCGGUAUCCGCAGAACUGGCCGUUGAAAACAAAACUCUACAUAAGCGUAAUUCUCGCAUUCACGAGUAUCUGCUCGACCUUUGACUCUGCCAUUUUCAGCCCUUCGUCGCGAAACGUUGCCGAAUAUUUUGGUGUUGGACUAGAAGUCGCUGUCCUUUCCAGCACAAUGUACAUCAUCGGCUACGCAUCUGGCCCGCUCCUCUGGGCCCCGUUAUCCGAGCUAAGUGGCCGCCGGCCCGGUAUCAUUAUUGCCAUGUUCGGUUUCGCCAUCUUCAAUACCGCCGUGGCUGUGGCCAAAGAUAUCCAGACGUUGAUGAUCUGCCGAUUCUUCUGCGGCGUCUUUGGCAGUUCGCCGCUUGCUGUCGUCGCAGCUGUCUUCGCCGAGCUGUACGAUAAUCAAACCCGUGGUGUUGCAAUUGCCUGCUUCUCGAGCACCGUGUUUCUGGGCCCGCUCCUCGCUCCCUUUAUUGGCGGGUUCAUCAACAUGUCCUACCUCGGCUGGCGAUGGACAGCGUACAUCCCGGCCUUUAUGGGCUACUUCGCCUUCGUCCUGAACCUGUUCUUCCUCAAGGAGACAUACCCUCCCGUCAUCUUGAUCCAAAAGGCCGCUGAGCUGCGCAGAUGUACAAAGAACUGGGGCAUCCACGCCAAACAAGAAGAAAUCGAAAUCGACUUCCGCGAAUUAAUAGUGAAGAAUUUCUCGCGCCCCCUUCGUCUUCUCUUCGGCGAACCCCUCAUCCUCGCCGUGACAAUUUACCUCAGUUUCAUCUACGGCCUACUUUACUGCUUCCUGACCGCCUACACCAUCGUCUUCCAGGGCGAAUACGGGAUGAGCGCCGGUGUCAGCGGCCUCCCGCUCUUCGGCAUGGUCGUGGGAUUAUUUAUCGCCGCGACGUUCAUCAUCGUCUCCAACAAGGAGUAUCAGCGCAAACUAGAGAAGAAUGGCGGAGUCCCGAUUCCCGAGUGGCGAUGCCCGCCUGUGAUUCUGGGCGGGGCGCUCUUUGCUGCUGGUCUCUUUUGGUUUGGCUGGACAGGGUUCUCGGGGACUGUCCAUUGGAUUGUCCCCACGCUCAGUGGGCUCUUCACGGGCUUUGGACUGCUGGUUAUUUUCAUCCAGCUGUUUAAUUAUCUGAUUGAUACGUAUCUUAUGUUCGCUGCAUCCGCCAUCGCCGCAAACACAUUCUGCCGCUCCCUCGUGGCCGCCGCAUUCCCGCUCUUCUCGCGACAAAUGUUCCAAAACAUGGGCGUGCAAUGGGCAUCUACGUUACUAGGCUGUGUUGCCGCCUGCCUUGUUCCCAUCCCGAUGGCGUUUUAUUUCUACGGUGAACGGUUGAGGAUGAAGAGUAAGUUUGCGCCGUAUUCGGGUGCUCCGGCGGCGACGGAGCAGGAGAGGGAUGGGGAAGGAAGGUUUGAGGAAGAAGAGGCAGAGAUACGGGCGCAAACGGUUGCGUCGGGGAGGGAGGUGCGUUAGAAUUGGCUCUUGGUGUAUUAAUUUAUGGAAAUUUUUCUUCUGUGGCAAUCUCCAAAAUACUUUGCCAGAGCGUCGGUAGAUUUGGGAGCAGAUAUACAUAAAAUUAUACCCGUUCAAAGACGUACACAAACCAGGAACCUCCGACUAAGAAAACCAGGCGAAGGUACAUCGUCCAAUUGAGUAUUAUCCCCAUUGUCUCGCCUUAAUUCAAGAGCAAUCUGUG